GGGCACGCAGGAGACGGAGGCUGGGGUGGUAAAGCGCUGGGCAGUGAGACUGGUGGACUGGCUCGUUUGGCGUCAGGGCCGCGAAGGUAGGGCUGCCUGUACCGGGCGGCAAGUUUCCUCUCUCCAGUUACCCGCAGUCAUAGCGUGCCCCCCAGGACCCGAGGACCCCCAACCGGGCUUGCUUAGAGAAGACGCGGCCGCCCAGCACUUGGGCCCCGGGCUCCACUGCCUGGUGUUCUUGUCGCUGGAAAACCACCGGGCUGAGCAGCUGGGAGAAGCAGGCCAGAGAAGUCUAGGGCCUCGGGCCCGGGGACCCGUGGAGGAUGAGCUGGCUCUUCCCCCUGACCAAGAGCGCCUCCUCCUCCGCAGCUGGGUCUCCCGGUGGCCUCACCAGCCUCCAGCAACAGAAGCAGCGCCUGAUCGAGUCCCUCCGGAACUCACACUCCAGUAUAGCUGAAAUACAGAAAGAUGUGGAAUACAGGUUGCCAUGCACCAUAAACAACUUGACAAUUAACAUUAAUAUAUUGCUCCCUCCACAAUUUCCUCAGGAAAAACCGGUGAUCAGUGUUUAUCCACCUAUACGGCAUCAUUUAAUGGAUAAACAAGGAGUGUAUGUUACCUCUCCAUUAGUAAACAACUUUACAAUGCACUCAGAUCUUGGAAAAAUUAUUCAGAGUCUAUUGGAUGAGUUUUGGAAGAAUCCUCCAGUUUUAGCUCCUACUUCAGCAGCAUUUCCGUACCUAUACAGUACCCCAGGUGGGAUGCCACCGUAUGCUUCUCAGGGUUUUCCAUUUCUUCCUCCAUAUCCCCCCCAAGAAGCUAACAGGGCUAUCAGCUCUUUAUCUGUCGCGGACACUGUUUCUUCUUCAACGACAAGUUAUACAACAGCAAAACCCGCUGCUCCUUCAUUUGGCAUCCUUUCAAAUUUGCCGUUACCUGUUCCCACAACAGACACUUCAGCACCGAUAAGCCAAAAUGGUUUUGGUUACAAGAUGCCAGAUGUCCCUGAUGAAUUCCCAGAACUCUCAGAACUGAGUGUGUCACAACUUACAGAUAUGAAUGAACAAGAGGAGCUAUUACUAGAACAGUUUCUUACUUUGCCUCAACUAAAACAAAUUAUUACUGACAAGGGUGACUUAGUAAAAAGUAUUGAGGAGCUAGCAAGAAAAAAUCUUCUUCUGGAGCCCAGCUUGGAAGCCAAAAGGCAAACUGUUUUAGAUAAGUAUGAAUUACUUACUCAAAUGAAAUCUACUUUUGAAAAGAAGAUGCAAAGGCAGCAUGAACUUAGUGAGAGCUGUAGUGCAAGUGCUCUUCAGGCAAGAUUGAAAGUAGCUGCACAUGAAGCUGAGGAAGAAUCUGAUAAUAUUGCUGAAGAUUUCUUGGAGGGAAAAACUGAAAUAGAUGAUUUUCUCAGUAGCUUCAUGGAAAAGAGAACAAUUUGCCACUGUAGAAGAGCCAAGGAAGAGAAACUUCAGCAGGUGAUAACAGCGCACAGCCAGUUUCCUGCUCCACUGUAG